ACAUUUCUAUGAAUAAUAAUAUGUAUAUAAACACCACAUCUAUAUCUCACUAACUCACAUUUCUUUUUACCACUUGCCACCAUGAAUAACAACCUCCUAAAAACUGCUUGCAUUUGCUUCGUAUUUUCGUACUUUCUAUUUUCUUGCAAUGCAGCUUCUUACAAUGUGGUUAGGUUUGGAGCUAGAGCAGACGGUCGAACAGACUCGAGCCAGGCGUUUGUAAGGGCAUGGAGGGCUGCCUGCGCUUCAAGGAGCUCGAGCACGGUUUACAUCCCAAGGGGGGUUUACAUGACUAAACCAGUUGUGUUUAGUGGACCAUGCUGGAGCCGGAUCUUGUUUCGGAUUGAUGGCACCCUUGUUGCACCACCAAACUAUUGGGACAUGGGCAACUCCGGGUUCUGGAUAUUGUUCUCUAAGGUUUCGAGGUUAACGGUUCAUGGUGGUGUCAUCGAUGCAAGAGGUGCGAAGUUCUGGGCUUGUCGGAGGUCCGGUAGUCGUUGCCCACCUGGAGUAAGGUCUAUGUCAUUCCUAUGGUCAAGCAAUGUGGUGGUUAGCGGGCUCAAGUCGCUAUACAGUCAACUGAUUCAUCUUACCGUAAGCAACAGCAACAAUAUCCUGUUCGAACAUUUGAACGUUAUUGCCCCGAGUCGUAGCCCGAAUACAGAUGGUAUCAUCAUUCAAUCAUCAACUGGUGUUACCAUCAGAAAUAGUCUUUUUAGGACGGGGGACGAUUGUAUCGCAGUAGGCCCCGGAUCCAAAAACAUAUGGAUGGAGAAAAUCGCUUGCGGCCCGGGCCAUGGUAUUAGCAUAGGUAGUUUGGGAAACAGUUUAAACGAAGCCGGAGUGCAAAAUGUGACGGUGACAAACGCGAUUUUCUCGAAAACACAAAACGGGGUGCGGAUCAAGUCAUGGGCACGGGAUAGCAAGAGUUAUGCAAAGAAUGUAGAGUUCAGGAACAUUGUAAUGAGGGCAGUCGAUAACCCGAUCAUCAUCGAUCAAACAUACUGCCCAGGUAAUCGAUGCCCGCGACAGACUUCCGGAGUUGAAGUGAGCAACGUGAGAUACAGCAACAUUAAAGGGACAUCAACUACAGUGGAAGCAGUGAAGUUCGAGUGCAGUGUGAGCCGUCCAUGUAGAGGGAUUCAGAUGCGUAACAUUAGACUAACUACUCCGAAUAGAGCAACCACCUCGACCUGCGAAAAUGCUCGUGGUUGGACUUCGGGUCUGGUCUGGCCCCGAAGCUGCCUUUGAUUAGUUACAUCCUUUCGUUAUCGCCAAACAAUUGUAAUGAGUUUUAUUUACUAUUCAAUCCUUUGGUUGAAUAUUGAAAUUGAAUACUAUAAAGUUUUAGUAUGAAUUUGCCAAUUUGGGCUAGUGUCAUGUCAUCAAUGGCAUAUGCUUGUUUCCUUGGUAAGCUUUUGUGAACC